AUGGAGGCGCGCCACGCUUUCCUCGUCUGCUGCUGCUGCCUCCAUCUCUCCUGCUGCUCCAGCGCCGGCGACGACUUCUACUCUCUCCUCGGUGUCUCGCACGACGUCGACGACAAGGGGCUAAAGAAGGCGUACCGGGCGCUGGCGCUGAAGAACCACCCUGACAAGGCGACCGGCUCUGACGAGGAGAAGGCGGAGGCGAAAGCGAAAUUCGUGCGAGCCGGCCGCGCGUACGAGGUGCUUUCGAGCAAGGAGAUGCGCGACGUCUACGAC